AUGAUCGUCCUGGCUUCGUUGGUGUUUGCCGUCGCCUUCUCCGCCCUCCCCUCCACAGAGCCAUCAGAUGACGAGGAAUACGCCCAAUACCAGGCUUACAUGGAGAGGCGCCGGGCCAAAGCCGCCAAAGCGAAGAAGGCAGCAAUCAGCUCCGACUCCAAGCGCAAGCUCGUGCUCGAGAACAAGGAGGGCAUAAACGCGAAGAGGAGCUGGAAAGGCGGUGGAAUGCGGGGAUGUGACUUUGGUAUCCAAGUCCCCAGCACAGACUCCGUCGACCCUCUUGCCCCUUCUCCCACAAUAACCUCCGCUUCUCGAACGUCCCGGGCACUGUCGCAUUCAUUCUCUUUCCCCUCUUUCGCGCCUUCAACUUCACCCUUCCCCUCGAGCCCCGUCUUUGAGGGGGGGGACAAGUGCGGUUUCAGGCAUUUGAGGCGAGUGUCGUCCGUGCCGAGUUUGAGCAUGUCUGCUACGAGCUCUAGGCAGGGAUCCAUCAUCAGCUCGCCAGAGACGACUACUGUCACUCUUCAUUGA